UUAAAUAAUAGCUCCCACCCUCGCCGUGUCUCCUGCACGUCGUUUUAGCGCUGUUGUUGUUGUGUUGUUUUCGAUCGUUAAAGUGCGCUGCCGCAGCUGCCGAAAAAAAUCCUUCACUCCGGUUGGUUCCCCGUGCGCUGCCGCCGCUGUCACGCGCCCCCCACGUGCACACACGCACGCUCGGGAUAUAGCUCGCGAGCGGCAGUGAACGCGGCUGGCGGAGAGGGCGACGGGCUUUGACUUUGGAUGCUGCUUAGUCACAUUUUCCUUUUGACCACAGUGGCGGACGAUGGAGCGGCGACGAGAGAAACACUGAGAGGGGGGCGCAGUUUGGAAGAGACACGAGAAAGAGGCAAAAAGGGGGGGGGGGGUACCGCUAAACCUGAGGUAGAUGAUGCUCAUUUGCCGCAGGCCCCACCAUCGUGAAAUUGGAUACCGACUUGCGGCGGAUGGGGUGACCGAGCUCGCUGCUCCGCCGGGGAGGUCCCUGCCUUCGGACGCUACCGGGGUGGGAGCUGCCUGUGCCCGGUUCUAAAGGAGGGAGGAAGGAAGGAGUGGCAAGCGGGGAAAGAUGCCGACGGAGGAGGAGACGGCCACCGCAGAAGAGCCCAUUUUGGAGGAAGGGUCCGGACGAGAGCAGCAACGGCCAGUCCAGCAGUCUCUGGCCUCCUCCCUGUGCCGAGAGUCCCACUGGAAGUGCCUCCUCCUGACCCUGCUCAUGUACGGCUGCUUCGCCACGCUGGCCUGGUGCGCCCUCUGCCGCGUGCCCGUCCUCCGCUCCUCCUCCAUCCCCCUCGGCGCCGUCGACGACGCCACCUCGGCCACCUUCUACAACCACAUCCUGUACCUGGAGAGUCCCUGCUCCAGCGGUUACGUCUACAUCCCCCUGGCCUUCCUGGCCAUGCUGUACGUGGUCUACCUGGUGGAGUGCUGGCACUGCUUCUCCAAGACGGCCAUGUUGGCUCAUGCCGAAUUCCAGGAAGUGUAUGAGCGCGUGCAGAGACUUCAGCAGGCUACGCCGUGUAUUUGGUGGAAGGCCAUCAGCUAUCACUACGUCAGGAGGACCAGACAGGUGACGAGGUACAGAAAUGGAGACGCAUACACGACAACACAGGUUUACCAUGAGCGGGUCAACACUCAUGCCUCAAGUUCAGAGUUUGACUACGCCCGCUAUGGUGUCAAGGAUGUAUCAAAGGAGUUGCUGGACCUGCAGCUGCACCCUGCUGUUCGCCUCCGUUUCACCAAGUGCUUCAGCUUCUCCAGUGCUCGCGCUGAAGCUGCCUACCUCACCCAGCGAGCGCGCUUCUUCGGGGAGAACGAGGGUCUUGACGAUUACAUGGAGGCCAGGGAGGGGAUGCACCUGAAGAACGUGGACUUCCGCGAGCACAUCCUGGCGUUCCCGGAUCCCGCUCACCAGCCGUGGUUCUCCAGGCACAGGGUGUUCUGGCUGGCUUCGGCGUUCCUCCUGUCGUGGCCGCUGCGGGUCGUGUCAGAGUACCGCACGGCCUACGUCCACUACCACGUGGAGAAGCUGUUCGGGGAGGACGAGGACGGCGGCGGGGGAGUCGGCGGAGGGGGGCCGGGUGGAGGGGGACGAGGGGACGGAGUUGAAGGAGGGACUGAGAACGGGAUUCACCCGGGGGGGAUCGGGAUCGGGAUCGGCCUGAGCGGGACGAGCUACCGGGCCAUUUCUCGUGUCAAUACGGUGGACAUGACGGAAUUGGAGUGGCACAUUCGCUGCAACCAACAGAUGGUCCCGAGCUACUCCGAGGCCCUCCUCAUGGACCUGGACUCAAGUGGGGGGACGAACCCCACGGUCUCUACGCCCAUCUCCGGGCCUCCGAGCAACACCCCCAACCAGGGGACCAACCCUCCUCCCCUGGCUUUGCCUGUGGUGUUUAAUUCGGCGUACCUCCUGCAGAGCUGCCCCCGUUGCCGGAGGACCACAUCCAGCUCCAGUCUUCCCUCCAGGCUAAGGGCGCCGAUGGGAACCACGGCCCUCCUGAACGCCACCGUGGCAGGUAUCAGGGCAGCGGGGCAGGGCGGCGGAGGCAUAGGAGGGAGGCUGGUGCUCAGUCGGAGCGGAUUCUCUCUGGGGAGGCUCGGAGGCGGGCGCCAGAAUAGCCUGUUUCAUUCAAGAAGCAUGGGGGGAGGCCUGGGAGGAAGCAGGGAAGAAGGAGGAAGUGGUGGAGGGGGAAGUGGUAGUGGCGGCGGCGGCGGUGGCGGUGGGGAGGAGGAGGAGGAGGGGUGAGGAUUCCUGGGGUUGGGUUCAAGGCAGGACAAUGAGGAGACGAGGGGAGUGCUCGAAGGAGAAGGCGACGACGACGACGACGAUGAGGAGGAGCAGGAGGAGGAGGCGAGGGGGCGAGGAGGGAGGGAGAGGGACGAGGAGGCAGAGCAAGAGAGCGGAGGUGGAGGGGAAGGGACGGAGGGGAGGGAGGGGGACAGGGACCGACCUCCAUCCUACCAGGACGCUUUCUUCUUCCCUGUCCUCAUUAUACACGGAGAGGAGAGCUGCCACGCCGGAGAUGACAUGUGAUGAAGGGAAAAAUAACACACACACACACACACACACAUGAAGAAAGCAAGGAGGUGAAGGUAGAAGUGGAGGGAGAUGAAAAAAAGCACUGAACAAAAAGAGAAGAGAGGAGGACACAGGACGAGAAGAAAGAAUUCAGUCAGGAAACAGGGAAAGAGGUAAGAAUAGAUUUGUGAUGGACACAAUUACAAAGGAGUAACAGCAAACAGAGAAGCCAGACGGAGGAGGUUUUACCACAUGCAGUGCAUAAAAGCGAGUAGUUCAGAGGCAGAAGAAGAGAGCUGAUAGGAAGAGCAGCGGCAAGAUAAGAUGGAGUCUGAGAAAAUGAGUCAAGAGAAGAAAAUCCUCGCAUUUACAGACUUGACUGCACAGAGAGAUGGAGAAGAUGACAGAUCUUCACUUAGGAGGACUGAUACUUUAGUGAUGUCUGUUUCCAGAUAUAUCUGUCUAUCUAUCCCAGAGCAGGGGUGGGAGGGGUAACGGGGCUAAAGAUAGCAGUGGAACCAGCUGAGUGGAAGUGGGUAUUUUUACCAAAAAAAAAAAAAAAAAAGGAGCAACUAGCAAAAGGGUUAUUUGAAGGCUCAAGCUUCGGAUUCGUUCAAAAUCAAUCACAAAAAUCUAUGUAGUGAAGCAGAGGGAGUGAAAGAGUGCAGACGCAGACCCUUCAAAUGUAGAUUCAAAGCAGAUUCUUAAAAAUAUAAAAAAACUAAUUGUAGUAGUAAUAGGAAAAAAAAGAGGAGCUUCACAGGAGGAAAUAAUAAUAAUAAAAAAGCAGGUUCUAUCACAGAGACCCUCUGAGUGCCCAUCAGGUCGGCCAUGACACUAUAAGACGACAUCAAUAUCCCCUUUUAUUCACCUUAUUCACCACUAGCUGCCAAACCACUCUUACCUAUUAUUGCUAUAGAGUUGGGAGGGGAAAAACUACCUUCUCAGCUCCUUUCUCACGCUGUCUCCCCCACUCCCACCAUAUUAUCACCUCUGCUGCUGCUUCAAAGCGUAAGGGUGCGAUUCUGGAAAAAACACAGUUCGCCCGUCGCGUAAAUCUUCCCUUCCUCCGCCUUCUCUCUUCUGCUCCUCUAUUUCUCUACACCUGAUACACCUGCCCCCCCCCCUGCUCCUUGAGAUGCAGAGAUAAGAUUUCAUCCCAACUUCCUCCACGUAUCACAUGUCCAGCGUUGAGGUUUCUCCCCGUUUUAUAAAUCAGAUAUUUCCAGCUUCGCAGGAAGUUUUCUACCUAAUAUAUUUUGAACGAAACAUAAUCUAAGUAAAUUUACCCAACGCACCGAGGAGUAAUAGAUUAAAAUAGCCUUCAAAGAUGCAGAAAGGUUGGUAGUUUGGCUGAUUCCCACGAGUGUUAGUUUAAAACUUUUGUUCCUGAAGAAGGGCGUGUGCAGCGUGAAGAAAAACACAAUAACAAUAAUAAUAAAAAAAAGAACUUCCUCCAAUAUCCCAAUAUCGGUAUAUUAUAUACACACAGUAUGUGUUCAAGCAUGACAAACGUCCUCUCGUCUCAUUUACGUCCUUAAUACUGGACCGCAUGGGAGGUAUCACACGAGCCGCGUACUUGUACUUUAAAAAAAGAAACACCGCUUUCGGUUUAACGCGGACAACAAAACCGCUCCCGCGAGGAUCCGAAACAUCAAAAACAAAAGCCGCACUGAUCCGUCAUUCUCAGCCCUGUGAUAGAAAAACCUUCGGCCCGGACGUGCCGCGCUGCUACCUCCUCCUUUUCUCAAGAAUCUCCCGCAAAUAAGUAACAGUGUAGACGUUCGCUGGCGUAGAGAUGCAUGUAGCUACUAAUAGACACGUAGCAAAUGCGGCUACCGUUGCUAAAGGCAGUGCCAAAAAAAAAACAAAAUUCAGGUGUUUUACACACACGUAGACAAGAAUCCACACGGAUAAACUCUCCUAGUUUCUGAGUUUUCUUCGAAAAUCAGUCCAGUACAACACAACCAUCAGUGCUUUGACGUAUAUACUUUACAAAGCACACUAGCAAGAAGCAGUUAAGAGUAGUUAGACGAGCAUUUCUUAACCUUCGCUACAAAGGUCACUUUAGGGUUCUCCCUCCUCCUCUCUCUGCUUAAUUUUAACACAACGAAAAGCACACUGAAAGAAUGAAGGAUCCUCUCGCUCGUGGAGUUUUUUCCCGAAAGUGGAACAAAAAGAAAUGAUGCUGGACGGACUUGAACGAUGGCGUUGACGGACACGUUGACCACGCGCACGGAUCCCGUAACAACCUGCGUUCAACCGAGGCGACGGGGAAUCUCGGUGCGACUUUCCGGAGAGGGAAAAAGUAGAGCGUGACUGGUGUCCUAGUUUGUUGCAGGGGACGCGCGCACACACUCUGACACACAUUCACACGCACUGACUCUGGCUCACGGAUCUUCUGUAGCUUUCGGACGCAUCGGGGCUGAGCUGGGCACAAGGAAACUAAAGGACGGACUGAUUGGCGGAGGAGAAACGGACGGAAGCUUUCUCUGUGAGCGGAGAACCGGAAAAGACUGAAUACGUGAGAUCAAAAAAGACAAUUAUUUUUACAUCACCAUUAUCUCAGCCUCUUCUUGACUUGUGGAUAAAACUGUCUCCAUUGUCGUCCCUAAACAAAAAGAAGCACUAAAAAGCACUGAACACACACACCCUGCGUUAAUUUAUUCACCACGUUUUCACUCAUUUUUAAUCCCUCGAGGCUUUUAAAGUUCUGUUUAGUGUGUACACUUGUUAAUUUAGCCACUUUGAAGCCACGCGUGAAGUCAGUUCAAAGUAGUGAGCUCUAUUUUAACAUCUCAAUCCGUCUAAAGACAAAAGCGAGGAAAUUGAGUUGAGUUUGUAAUUUGCUGCUCCUCUAUCAUCUCCAUACUUGAGUAGACGUUUCAGGUCAUUUGAGCGAUGUCCAAAUUCCAAAUGCCUUCGUCAGCUUCAGAAAACUUGUCUUUGUUUCUUUUCGACUUUGUAAAUUUGCUCUUGGCUCUCCAACGAGCUCGGUUUGGUGAGCGUUUUUUUUUUAAUUGAGUACCGUAUUUGGAGCCGGUUGUACCGGCUCGCGAGUCUCGUUGAUUUCUUUUUUUAUUUACGUCGAACAACGUGUGUUACACCGAUACGUGUCGUUUGCUGGAUAUUUAUAUGCUGUUCGAUUAUCUCAGAAUGUGUCAAAAAGUGUGUCAGCUGCUUCAGGUGUGCCAAGAGAACUUUGUGCCCAUGAUGUCUUACACGAACACACACGCUCGAAGCGUGCUUGCAUGUUUAGUCACAGCGGUAAAAAGCAGCCAUUAUAAACAGCUUAUUUUAGACUAGAGUGACAUUAAUCCCGAACCCAUAACCGGCCCACGCACAUGCAGUCUUAACACGAACCUGACAUGAACAUUAAAAAAGCAUGGAGCUGUCCUGCUACGUUGCCUUUGUGUCCCACGUUGCCAACUUUUUUGCUCAGGAUUUCAGUUCAAUGCUGCGUUCCUGUGUCAACGCAAGACGUCUUUCUCUCGCACACACACACACAUCCAUUAACAUGCCAAAGCAAAAAAAGAAAGAACAACAGAGCACAUUCAGUGCAAUCUGUGCUAGUGGACUGUGGUAGCAUUUACACAAAAUAAUAAAAGGGGUUUACUGACACCAGAUGUAACAAAAAUAAUAAUAUACCAAUCACACAGCCUUUAUCACCAACAUGCACACUCAGUUCUUGUCUUAUAUUUUGUGUGUUGACUGAAUGUCUUCUGUGUUUGGUCCUGGGUCUGGGCUUUUCUUCCACUAGGUGGCAGCACAGCCUUAAAUAAUGUGACAACACAGACGCGCGUUAGUGCAUUUUAGAGGGUGAAUCGGACAGGGUAGAGAAAAAAAAACAAAAAACAGCUGCUUUGUGGUGCGACACUUUCGAUUUCACGUCUGCACACAAACCAGUCGGUGAUGUCAAACCAGGUGCUACGACGUCAUUUGCGAGGACGCGUGCAGACGCGCGACAUACGCUAAAGUGUCGACUGCUGCAGUCUGAUGGUAUAUUACUAUUUUUCUCCUAAUUGAAUGUGUUGCAAAGCAAUAUUUCCCACAACCCUGCUUCUGGCUGCACUUGUAUACGUUGCUCAGCAGCUUCCUGAACCUAUAACCACAAGCAACGGGAGCUUCAGUCAUUCACACACAUGUUGGAUAGAGACGUUUCACAUCACGUGACUGAGCUUCCGUUUCCCACCGCAUUGUCUGGCUACGUUGCUCUAUAUGACACAAACUCCAAAUAAAGUGACAGAGAGGAAGCUGGUUUUGGUUUGUGACUGGAGCAAGAGUGAGAUCAAACACACAUCUACAUUGGCUUCUGCCCGGUUUCUUUGCGCGGACACGAAAUUCUGCUCGUUUUCCAACUUUCGCCUGCCCAACCGCAUCACACGACUGUCUCAUAAAAUGCUCUAGCAAUUAUGACCGAUGUAUUGUUGUCAAUACUGUUACUAGUGCUACUUGUGGUCACCGGGGGCUGAGUCAAGCAGUCAUACCAAGUUUGUCAAACACUGUUAAAAGAAAAAAAAAAAAGAAUUGGUUUGACUGGAAGUCACAUGAAUUCCAGCGGCGUUUUCAGCCUUGAGUGCGACACGUCGUUGUUUCAUUCAAAGUUACACUACACUGAACAUGUCAAAUAGAUUUAAAUUGCUGCAACAUACAUAUAGAGUGAGACACAAACAGAAUUCAGGGUAUUCAUUUGGCCUCAGAAGCAAUAUUCAAUUUAGUACAGAAACAUUGCACCUCUACUGAGCCUUGUGUCUGUGGUGAGAUAGUAUGAGUGCCCACUGUUGUGUUGGGUUUUUCUUCACACAACAUGUGACCACCUUAAAGUCCCCAUGAAACACGUAGUCGAAGGCCAAUUGCUUUGGAGUACAUUUGCAAUUUUCCAAUAUCUUAGGAGGCCUGAACAAAAACGUCUAGAGGGUCGUGAAGUUUGAACAACUCAUUCGAUGCAAAAUUAGCCCCGCCCCCUAGUGCAGGAUGAGUCAUUAACAUUUUUAAAUGUGUUUACGGAGCGGACAAGCUUUAUUGUUAAUGUUUGACUGGUUCAACUGGUGUGUAGGUGGCCUAUAGUGCAAGACAGACUAUAAAAACACUUUAAAACAUCAAACUUCAUGGGGUCUUUAAAGUUGUGGACGCAAACCACAGACAGAGACAAGUAAAUGGUAGAAAAAUCUGUUUAAAAAGUCUAAAAUGCUGCAUUUUUUUUCUGUUCAAACAUUUAACAAAAUCAUUUAGAUUCCGCUUUUAUUUAUUUAUUUUUUUGCUAAAAACGCAAUGCUGCUGGAUUACUUGUGCGCCGUCAAACAAAUGAACUCUCACCACAGUGUAGUUGUUAUGUACAUGCAGCCUCUGCCGAGUUAAAAUGUCACAUACAAUGCAUUAUUGUCUUACACAGUGAUGUGUGAAGCCGGGAAUGGGCUUUCUGUUCAAGCACCGUCAAGCAAAAUGUCCUCAGUAUUUAAGCUAAUUAAUAUGUAACCGAUAAUGAGAUUGUCAAUAUCACACCGGAUUAUGGCUUUUGUCACCGGACGGUUUAAGAUAUCGUAGUUACAUCAUGUGAGCGGAUGAUGACAGCGAAGGUAAUGGAGCUGGUGGCAAUAACUGUGUUAACUGAUGCGAUCCUGGCAGUGAUGAUGACAAUUAAUUAUCAUGGAAGAUACAAAUAAAGUCAAUCUGCUUGGUA